GGCUUUACUGGAGAAUAUGGCACAUGGAUCUUGUUCAGUCUGCAGUCCUGUAUAGCGUCAUGACCCUCAUCAGUACCUACCUAGUAGCUUUUGCAUAUAAGAAUGUCAAGUUUGUUCUCAAACACAAAGUAGCACAGAAAAGAGAAGAUGCUGUUUCCAAAGAAGUUACUCGUAAGCUGUCUGAGGCAGACAAUAGGAAGAUGUCACGGAAGGAGAAGGAUGAAAGAAUUCUGUGGAAGAAAAAUGAAGUUGCAGAUUAUGAAGCAACAACUUUUUCCAUCUUCUACAACAAUACUCUCUUUCUGGUCUUGGUCAUCAUUGCUUCAUUUUUUGUGCUGAAGAACUUCAACCCCACUGUGUAUCCUUUGUCUAUAAGUGCAUCGUCUGGACUGAUUGCUCUGCUAUCUACAGGAUCCAAGUAG